AAAAAAACCGCUAGGUAAAUGAGAGCGCCUUUACGCAACGCACUCUGCUAUUAUAUUUGGCAUUUUCUACGUGUUUGAGGGGAUUCGCCGGGGUUGGCGUUGUUUUUCGUGGGAGGAAAGCGGUUGAGGAUACGUUGGGAGACGAGGAUUGAUUUGUUUCACCUUACUAGGAAGUGAGCGUUGUGUCCGGGAAGGGGAGGGACUCCGACGACAAGUCUGGGGCGCUGCUGCGCUACUUGCAAGGCUGCACCAGCGCAACGUUUUAAUCCCAAACACUCGCUUCCGUGCUUUCUUUUUUUCUUUCUUCCUUUCUCUCUUUUUUUGCAAGUAAUCGAGAGUCCCCGCUACAAAGCAUCGCGGCUUUUGUGCUUGUUUAACAGCGCGCUUUGCCCGGCUCUGCCCGGCCCGGCCUGGCCUGCACGCCGUGCAUGUGCAGAGGGGGAAAGCCUAUAGCGCAGGCUAACGGCGGUCGGGCUCAUUGCUGCCUCAAACGUGCGCCAAGUUGUCCAUGAACUUUGUCACAUUUCGGGGCCAUGUCCAGCCCGCUGCUGGUGAGAAACGGCAGGAGAGCGUUAUCGGUCAUCGGCGGGGGGCGCAGAGGCACCGACGCACUUUCAGGAGUUCAUCCGACUGCGCGACGCUUCAUCAUAGACAUGUCCUACUCAGCGCACUUCAUGGAUUUUAAAGGCUCCUCCAUACCGAGCAGCAUGAGAAAGCUGGUCGUGAACAAGCUCAGUCCUAAUUUCAGAGAGGCCGUGUCUAUGCAAACCGCUGCGGUCCCGACACCCGGGGACGCGGACUUGCUCGUCAGAAAUCGUUUUGUGGGAAUCAACGCCUCUGAUAUUAAUUACUCGGCAGGCCGUUACGACCCCUCGGUGAAGCCCCCCUUCGAUGCCGGUUUCGAGGGUAUCGGUGAGGUUGUUGGCCUCGGCCUCAGCGCCAGCUCCCGUUACACCGUCGGGGACACCGUGGCCUACUUCGGCAGCGGUGCGUUUGCCGAGUACACGGUGGUGCCGGCCAAGGAGAGUGUGCCCGUCCCCGCGGUGAAGCCGGAGUUCCUCACCCUGCUGGUCAGCGGUGCCACGGCCUACAUCGCCCUGAAACGUCUGGGCGACCUGGCCAAAGGUGAGACGGUCCUGGUAACCGCGGCAGCAGGAGGAACAGGACAGUUUGCCGUGCAGUUUGCCAAACAGGCCGGUUGUCACGUGAUCGGGACCUGUUCAUCCAACGAGAAAGCCGGCUUCCUGAAAUCCAUCGGCUGCGACAGGCCGAUCAACUACACCACAGAAGACCUGGCGAAGACGCUGAGGAAAGAGUACCCACAAGGCAUAGACGUGGUGUACGAGUCAGUCGGAGGCAGCGUCUUAGAGCUCGCAGUGAACUGUUUGGCCAAUAAGGGACGGCUGAUCGUGAUUGGCUUCAUCUCGGGGUACCAGACCGCAUCGGGGAUCCCGCCCUUCAGAGGCGCAACGCUACCAAUCAAGCUUCUCCAGAAGUCGGCCAGCGUUCGGGGUUUCUUCCUGCCACACUUCCUCGGUGACUACAGGGAGGCUCUGGGUAGCAUGAUGCAGAUGUUUGCCAAGGGGAAGCUGGUGUGUGAGGUGGACGGUGGGGAUUUGGCACAGGAGGGGAGGUUCAUAGGCUUGGAGUCAGUCUUCCGGGCUGUGGACUACAUGUACGCUGGGAAAAACCUGGGCAAGGUGGUGGUGGAUGUGGCACCACCCUCUGUUAGCAAUAGUAAGCUGUGAUUUACCGAUUAAUCAUGCAGAAUCAUACUUGAAGUAAUAAGAUAAUUGAGUAAUAAGCUAAAAAUGGAAUAUAGUAUUAUGCUCUUUAUUUUUGUAAUAUGACUAUAAGCAGUGUAAGUAAAGCUACACAAUACUUUCAUGAAUAAAAUACUUUAUUUUCUGCUUUCAUGAGGUUGGAAACUAUAAAACAUACGAAAGUUUUUUUAAAAAAAUAUCUUUUACUUGAGGUCUCUCAUUUGUAAGACUGAAUUUAGUGUGAACAAAUCUGAAAAUCAGCUUGGCUGAUUGAGACUAUUGCGCAAACAUGCAGAAUAAAAAGGAGAAGCCGUAGCCUCUUUAAUCUAACCCAGAAAAUACUUUUUACAGUGUUCCUUAAUCUUGUGAGCCCACCUUCUGCUACAAGCCCACCUCUGAAAUUAUUUCAGACCCGCUGCCAUAAAGCGCUUGCUUUUAGCGCUCGCACGCACUUUAUCUACCAUAAAUGUUUUAUGAUAGACUUCAUUGUUUUUCUAAUAGGGGCUUACGUUGGUAUGUGCUUGUCAAAAGCGAGCGGUGCUCCAGGUGUGCUUGGUGUUUCAUUGCCUGUUUGUGGGUGACAGAAACAGCAUUCACACAAUCACUCUUUUCAUUCACAUGCCCAGAAGCUGCACAUAAUAAAAGGAAUUAGUCCAGCUAACCAGGAGUUGGGCUAGAAAAUGCCAUUACUUUUGCCCAAUGCAAGUUUAAAAAAAUCCCCUAUAGUUAAUGUAUUGUUGAAUGUCCUUUGACAUUUUUUUUUCCAUUUCCAUUUUUUUGUAUUUAAUUUAGUUUUGAUAACCAGAAACAAAGCAGCACAACAUACAGUGCAUACAAAGAUUAGAUUAAGAAGAUAAGUGAUUAUUGCAACUUUAAAAGCCUCAAUAGGUGGAAAGUUUCCAAGGGUUGAACAUUUUAUUAACCCCAUUAAAAAAAAAAAAAAAUCACUGUGUAUGUUGAAGCUGUCCAUGUAGUAUUAAUGUACUGUGUGUACUCUGAAACAAACAACUGUUCCGACCUGGCAGGGAGGGCUGUAGUGUUCAUGCACUGUGAACAUGUUAUUUCCUCAUCCAGGUGGCCACUCAAAAUAUAACCCAGUGUGAAAUACGUUACAGGUGUGACCCCAGCAUGCAAAGCUGCUACCUUCACCAGACGGUGCAGGAAAUCAGAAACACACCAGGCCAAGGCCGACCUGAAUCCGUAGUGUAGGGAGUCAGAACAGAUACGAUGGUCUUUGGCAUAGACAGUGGUCAGAUUUAGUUACAGUCAUUACCGAUGUUUC